GUUCAGGUACCGAACAGAUACGUAUGGUGGCAGUCACUUCCUGCAGAUGCUGUUCGACCAUGUUUAUGAUCCCAGCCUUCUUUUUACCCGUCAGUUUACUCUUCGUUAUGAAUCUAUCCUUUGCUCGUAGGAGUUUGUAGGGUCCGCGACCCGUGAAUCAUUUGUAUAGUAGUAUCCGAUUCUAUGGUAGUUUUGAUUAUCCGUGGCCCGAUUUCAACAGAUUGAAUAUCAUAUAUCAUGUCGACCAAAGGAACUGUCUCUCAUCUUAACCACCGCUUUCAAUGCCUUCUGCAGGUCUCCCUCCGUCGGAGCCUCCCUCUCCAACCCACUCAGUCAUCCACCUCACCAGCCGCCCCAUACUCACUCUCCCCUUUAUUUCGCCGUUCCGCCCACUCCUCAUACAACGAACCACGCAAGGACACCUCGGCCCAGAACACGAACACAAUGGGCAAUGUCUUCUGCGAGGGCUUUAUCUGCAGUGUACGCAACCACGCGAGAGCAAGCGAAAUUUCUGGCGUGCACGCGGAGAGCGAGAAGCUGGAUGUAGGCUGCGAAGGUCAGAUCGGUGGGGCACGAUGGAUGGAUAGGGAUAGUAUAGCUUCUUUUCGGGAGGAAUGGGGCAUCCACAGUAAUUUAUUUUGGUUGUCUAUCACGGUCCUUGCGUGCGGAGAACGACAUUGUGAUGCUUUUGGGCUAGUUCCACGAGCGGGUAAAGAGGGGGCAGCCCCGGCAUCCUUUGAAGUGCACGACGGAGGCGGGCGCCUUACUUGUAGGAGCUACUUUCCAAUUUCCACACAUCACAUCGCGGAAAAUGCCCCGAGCUACAUCACCUGCACGGCGACCCACUCCAGAUCAACAGAUGGUGGAUGCACAGACUGAAGCAUUUCCAUGCUUGAGUCGAUAGGGGCUGCUGGAGUCUACUGUAGGCGCGCGAAACAGGUGCGCGGAUGUUCCCCGCACGGACUCAUUAUCAAUUUUGGCCGCGAAGACAGUAGCUUUGAGGAGUAUGUGCAAUGUGGCUUCGUUUGGAAGUACGGAAUAGAGCUGUUCAAGGUUGUCCCACAUUGGGUCUGACUAGGGGAGACUACAUACAACACGCUAUCAAAAGGUGAGACCUUUGCAAUGGUCCUUGCACACUGCUGGCCAAGGAUGAUAGUGUCAGAUAUGCUGGUG